AGGCAGGGCUGGGCGGCACGCUGACACUUCCAUUCUCUCUGCUGCUUGUCUUGCACUGACUUUCGGGAGCCGGCUCAUGGUCCCAAGAUGUACAGAAAUAUAGUCAUAGGAUUACUAUUGUCAGGUUGUAUUUUUUCAAUUGUCACCUCCAAAGAAAAUGGGACCACCUCUGUAACACAUGCCUCACCAACGAGCGCAGGUCCAGGUGCCCCCACAAUUCCUUCUGCUACUCACUUGAGCAAAACAGAACAAUCAGUCACUAGAAGUCACCCUGGCACAGGACGAGAGCAAACAGGAGCAAGACGACAAAUAGAACACCCUUUCUCAGAACCAGUGAUCAUAAUCAUUAUCUUUCUGGUGAUGGGUGGUGUCAUCGGAGUCAUACUGCUUUUUGCUUACGGCGUCGGCAAACUGCGUAUGAGAAAUCCAGUUACCGCCCAACCUGAAUUCCCACAAAACACAGAUGACCCUUUAAGCUCUGUAGAAACUGAAAAUCCAGUCCUUCCACAGAACAAUAACGAAUGAUACAUUGCUCACCAAGCCAAAUUUUGGAAGAACUAGAAGACAAGAAACUUCAGUCAAGUGAAAAAUCAACGUGUAAAUUGAACACGCUAAUAAAUUGUAGACACCCUUAGAUUGUUGAAUUUCAGGAUGAAAAUUUCAUCCUAGUGAGUCCAGUGACUCAGUGAUGGAAAAAGCCUCCACUUGUUAAUAUUUCGAAAAGAAGAACAAGUCUUUUCUUUCAUGCCCGCUUUUGUGUGUUAGCUUAAUGUUUCCAGGUCACGGACUCAGAGUUCUGAUCCAAAGGCUUGUAAUUCAUAGAUGAAAUCUAAACUCUUCUCAUCCUAAACUCCUGAGUCUAUUUUUCAUUUCUUUAAACAAAUUAAAUCCUAUCAUUUCCUUCAUUCCUGAAUAAAUAAGAUAAGGUGAUCUUAUCACACUAGUGAUCACACUAGUGAUGAUGAUAUUUUUUAGUCACAAUAAUAAAGUGUGUUAUUAGAAAUGCUUUGCAUGCAUGCAUACAUACAUGUAAAUACACAUUUGUACCUGUGCAUAGACACAGGUACAGACAUAGAGGUAUAAAAUGACACUCGCACUCAUCCUUUCAUGCAUAAAUCAAUAUAAAAGUUUUUUCCAUUAAAAAGAAGUGAAACAUUCCAUAUGUAUAAGUGGCUCAUUUAAGUGCAUCUGACAUUACAGCAUCGUGUCCUCCAGGCCACUGGCUGACGCACCCAUUGUGUUCCCCUGGGAGAGUAAUUCAGGUAAACAGUCAGAGAACCCUGAGGAACAGAAAGAAGGAUGUUUCCUCACCAAUAACUCUGGAAAUGCAACCAGAGUUGCGUACUGGACAUGCGGGUGAAUAUUUUAACAGGUCACCAUUACAUUGUUUUCUAAUGUUCUCAGUUAAAUGCUUUCAUCCGUCCAGCCCUAGAUUUCCUCACUAAUAAAGCUUUGGAAAUUGGUUUGAAUACUCUAAAAGAAAUUUCUAGCUGUGAGACGAAGGGUCUGUGCUCUGCCGCUGUCACUCACCGGUAGUGAAACGUAAAAAGCAGUACAAAACCAAAGACGUGCCUUCCUGUGCUACCCUCUCUUCUCAUGGAUAAAAAUCCCCACGGCUUUCCCCUGUUGGAUGAUAAUUAAGUGAAAAAUAUUGUGUACUCAUCUGAGCCUGGCAACUUAAAUGUAUUUUUUAAUGAAUUAAAAAAGUCUGAAUCUUCA